ACUCCCCUGUAUUUUGAAAAUACAAUUUCAAAAACAUUUUCAGAGAGAGAGAGAGACAACUGUUGUGCCAAAUAUGGCGUCAAAUAAAUACAAAAAUAAUAUUUAGAUAUUCAGACCAACCAUUGGAUGAUAGAUAGAUAGAGAGAGAGAGAGAGUUAUAAUACUGUAAUAGUAGUGUUGUUGUAGUUGUUGUUGAUAUUAAUGUUAUUGUUGUUGUUGUUGGGAAAGCACUGGUAGUCUAUUAGUAGAUCUGUCAGUGAUUUUUUUGAUCAAUCAAUCUCUCUGUGUCUCUGUGUCUGCAAACACAACAACAACCGGACAUUUAUAGUCUGCAGAAUCUGUUGUCCGGUGUCGACGACACAUCAUACCCGACCACCACCACCGCCGCAUCGGGUCUACCGAUUAGUGGACACUCUGUAGUGCUGCUGACCCGCGCCCAGAGCGCGUGUGUUUGUCAGCUCUGAUUGGUGGUCAGCGAGCCGUGAUUGACUGCCCAUCAUCCCCUUUCCCGCGAGUGACCAUCAUUAUUGCCGCCGCCGACAAUGUUUUAUUCAGUGUUUGUGUUGGGCAAAAAGGGUCCGCUGGCCAGAGUCUGGUUGGCCGCUCAUUGGGACAAAAAGAUUACCAAAGCCCAGAUCUUGGAGACCAAUAUCGUCGAAAGUGUCGACUCUAUACUACAGCCAAAGGUUAAGCUAUCGUUGAGGACAUCAUCACAUCUAUUGUUGGGCAUUGUCCGUAUCUAUGCCCGCAAAACACUGUAUCUGCUACAGGACUGUCAGGAUGCGGCCUUCAAGAUCAAGUCGGCGUUCAGGCCGGGCGCUGUCGAUCUGCCCGACGGCAAAACCGAGGCCGCCAUCAGUGCCAUUACGUUGCCAGAGAUGCUCGACUUUAUCAACGAUUUUGAUCUCAUCGCUGAGGCGCCAAUGCAAUUGGAGGCUCCGGCCACCAGCGCCAACAUUCGCAGCAUAACACUGGUCGAAGAUCCGAGUAGUAUACGCGUCGACGAUCCGCUUAUGCAGGACGUACGCGACUGGUCGGAUAUGUCGUCGAUUCACGCCAGCGACGGUACGUUCAAUCUGAAAGAUUCGACAUCCGAACGACUAUUAGGCAAAAAUGGCGCCAAAUCGGCGCUCGACUUGUUCGAUCGGCCGGCACUGGACGACGGUUUUGGCGGCGAACUUGGUGUCGGUAUUGUCGACGACGAAGACAUGUUCGGUAUACCUGUACCGCCGGAAGCCAUGGAACAGCAACAGCAGCUGAUGCAGACCGAUCAGCAACAGGAAGUGCCCGAACAACAGCCCCGCAGCGUUCAGCGACCCGAGUCGGCGAUGUCCGACCGCAGCGACAGUAUGUCGUUCGGAGCGCCCGCCUCUAUGGCACCGUCUGGUCCGCCAUCGACGCCCGGUUCGGUACCGCCUAUGAUUGACGACGACGAAGAUAUGCCGUUCGCUCCUCCGCCGCCGCCACCACCGCCCGAACCCACACAACAAAAACAGCCUUUCGAGGCUAUUCGUCGCGAAGGCUCAGACGCGCACAAAAUUAGCGACAUUCACGACACAAUGGUAUUGGAACCGCUCGAAGCGCCCGGUCUGGAGAGGCGGCGUAAACGGCGCAAGAAGUUAGGUAUGCUUAUCGACGAAGUCAAGACACUAUCCGGUGAAGAAAUGAAAGCCCAGCUGUCGGACACUACCGAUAUCAUAACGACACUGGAUUUGGCGCCGCCAUCCAAAAAACUGAUGCACUGGAAGCGGACGGGUACUGCCGAAAAAAUGUUUUCACUGCCCGAACGACUGAUGCCGUGCGCCCGACUAAUCGUACUCUAUUCGCGUCACUUGAUUACCAGUCGAGUCGAAGCCGAAUCCGAAGAGUAUCUGCCCGAAGGCGAACUGGUCAACGGUCACGAUCCGUCGGCGCACGCACCGCUUCCCGAACUUGAAGAUCUUGAACAAGAGUUGCCCCAAUUGUCGCCGAUUGCCGAACCACCUAAGACACCCAAAACACCGUCCUAUACCCGAUCGCCGGCAAAAAAGAAGCGCAAAACCACCGAUCGACCGAAAACGCCGACACCGGCUGUCACAACAACCAAUCACGUGGCCCGUGAAGACGUUGAACAACCCGAACCACAACAAGAAGAUCAAGACUCGCGUCUACGGGAUGUUUCAUCCAUUCAGGAUUUGCGUGCCGGUAGCUUACAGACGAGCGAACCAUUUCAGCAGCCAUUCGACACAUUUCAAGAUGAAGACGAUGACGACGACUACGGAGCGCCUAUGUCUGUGGGACCGCCUGAGCCCAUGUUUGAAGGCGAAACAGAGGAACAGUUUGAGGAGAGGAUAACCAAACGGCGUACAGAUAUACUGCUUAAGUAUAUGGUAUCGCAGCUGGAGGUCGCGCCCAUACAUUUCACUACUUUGGUCAAACAUAAUAGACGAAAACAGGUCGCACAAAAGUUCUUCUCGUUGUUAGUCCUGAAGAAACAACAGGCGAUUGAGUUAACACAAGACCCGGACAUACCCUAUGCCGAGAUAUACAUAGGAAAGGGUCGUCGCUAUGAGGAGUCACUCAUGUCUUCAUCGGUCUCUUAAAAAGCAUAUCUUAGAUGAAGAAGAAGAAAAACUUUUUAAAAGAAAAAUAUUUCAUUCAAACAACAAAUUCAUUAGAUUUUUAUUAUUAUUAGUUUAAAAAAAACAAAACAAACAAAAAAC